GCGAGCUGAUAACAAUUAGGUAACAAUGAUAUUAAAAAUAAUAAUAAUAUCGAAUAAAAAGUGUAAAAAAGAUUAAAGAAAAAGCAAGCUAGAAAAAAUGUACGCCAAGUUGAUCGAGAAAUCUUGGCGCUAAUUAUUUACGUUCGAUCAUCUCGAUGUUUUUCGCCGCGGCGAAUUCGAAAUUCUGUUCGAUAGGGUAUUUAUCGCGUUCGCUUCUCAGUGCGCCCCGACCGCGAUGGUAUCCGUCGAAAUAUUACGUUCACAUAGGCGGGCGUCAGUCACUUCGUUUUCGCCUAAACAGAUGCAAAACGAGCGACGAAGACGAAAAAGUUUUGAAAGUAGCCAUAAUCGGCGUUCCAAAUGCUGGCAAGAGUACGUUGAUCAAUCAGCUAGUCGGUCGCAAUGUGUUCGCGGUCUCGCGCAAGGUACAUACUACUCGAUGCAGCGCCAGAGCAGUUCUAAUCAGCGACCGAACUCAAGUGAUAUUUCUCGACACACCCGGCUUGGUCAGCUUGAACGAAAGCGAAAAACAUCGGCUAGAAGAGUCUUUUUUAACGGACAGCGAAGAAGCGGUGAAAGAAGCGGAUGUUGUCGGCGUCAUUCACGACGUUUCCAAUACAUUUACACGACACCGUUUGUCAUCCAAGGUGUUGAGAUUGCUGCACCAAUAUUCUCUAAAACGCUCUUUUCUCAUUUUAAAUAAGGUAGACGCUAUGAAACAUAAGCGCGAUUUACUCGAACUAACGCAUCGUUUAAGUACUGGCCGAUCGGAUGCGAAUGUAGGACGAGAUUUGUUGACGCAAUCUGAAUUUCAAGAAAUUAUCGACAAGGAAGACGGUUGGCCGCAUUUCGAAAGCAUUUUCAUGGUGUCCGCUUUAAAUGGAGACGGCGUCGGCGAUAUUAAAAUGUAUCUGUUGAAUUCGGCCAUUCCGGGACCGUGGUUGUUCGACAAAACUACCGUUACCGAUCAGGAUGAGGUAACAGUCGUCGAAAACGUGGUAUUUUCCAAGCUGCUGGAAUAUCUGCCCAACGUGGUUCCGUACAACUUGAAAGCAACCUUGGAAUACCUAAAUCGAUCGCAAGAUGGUUCGGUCACGGCUAUCGUAUUAGUAGGAUGUAAGAAUUUGAGAAUGCAGAAAUUCAUCAUGGGCAAAGGAGGCGGACGUAUGAAAAAAAUCGCGCUGUCGGUCGAACAAGACCUGCGUAAAUACUACCUCAACGACGUUCGUGUCAAACUAGUUCUAGUAGAUGAAAGUCAGCUCGGCAACGACGACAAAAUUGGCCGAGAAUUUCUGCUCGAGCCCGGUGCAGCCGACACGCGGACGCGCAAAGUUUAACCGUCCAGCGGUCGAGCUCGAGCUACCGAGUACGACGUAUGUAAACACGAUCCCUCUGAUCCCACUAUAUCCGCUAUACCACUAUGAGAGAAACUGCGCUAUGCUCGAUUAUUGUACCAUCGAUUAAGCUGUAGGUUAAUAAAAAGGCGCGAGCUAUUUUCAAAACUUGCUUUUAUUCUUUCAUUUUAAAUUGUACAGAAUAACGACGUCGAUGCUGAUAAUUAAUAUUAUUAUUAUUAGGUAUUAUCGUUAUUAUUACAUACUCGUUACGACGACGGAAAUCAACAUCGGUAAAACGAUGACAAAGAUAAAGACUACAAAAGAACUGAACAUUUUUCGUAAAAUAACACGUACGCUACCGAAGCGAUUACGUUGUAUAAGGUAGUCUCCUUGACUUCUGUGUCUGAAACUAAGUACCACCUGUAAUUUGAAAACCACAAACGUGGAAAUUAAUACAACAUAGCGCGGCAUGCGAGUACAAACUAAGCGACGGCGCGGCACGGCGCCGAUGGCCAUUUCAAUUUCGGCGGCCAAAUACGUAGUUGUUUGCGAAGCGCCGCGCCGCGCCGUACGGUCAACCGUCCUAUUCUAAACUUGUAACUAUACGACAGCUGGCGACAGAGAAAAUACACGAGGCGACGACGCGACGCGUUGAAACGAAUUCGUAAAUCGGGAAAGCGGAAAGCGGUAAGCGGUUUUCAACGAUAAAAUUUCAAUAACGAACGAAAGUGCGUAACCGUUAGUAGGUAUACCUCGGAUCACUGCACCUGUGUUGUGUUUGAGAACCGGCAGUCCCUCGUCUGUACGUCAUGAAAUGGCCGUCGUUAUGACUGCCGCGAUGUACGAUUACAGCUUUCAGUCUAUACACGUGCUUGGCGGAAUUC